AUGCGGCCUCGCCAGCUUUCGACAGGGACACCAAGGUUCACCCUACCAUUGAGGUCGCAGCCCCGCCUAUUGCCAUCGUUGGUUUCGAUGCGAUGUAUCAGUGAUGACACCAAGAACAAAGUGGCAUCGCCGACUCCCGACCUGAACAAAACCUCACCAGCAAACGAUGGGGGUCUCCCCUGGUACCUCAGAGACAACUCUGCCCUGGAACCCAAGGCGGCAAAGCCUAUUGAGCUUCCACCCCUUCCUGAAGGCGCUGCUAAAGUUGUCCCCGAAUUUCUCAACUUGAUGGCUCACGAUUACGGCAUGACCGAUUUAGUAUUGUUCGAUUUGAAAGAACUCGAUUCUGAGCACGCUAUGCAUCCUUCAAAUCAGUCUGAAUUGGAGUAUGUGGUUAUUGGCAGUGGCAAGCUGGAGAAACACAUUUACAAGGCCGCUCAAGAAUUGCGAUCCUACAUCAAGCAUACCCACGACGAGAUCCCCAAUAUUGAAGGGAUGGUCAGCUCCGCAAUUUCACCAAAACAGCGGCGUCGGAUGCUUCGAAGAGCGAGAAAGGGGCCCAUGGCUACCGACAACGAUUACGGGAAGCUGGCAAAUCUGUGGGUUGUGGCUACUAUAAAAUCGUUAGAGAUACACAUGUUGACUCCCCAGAGAAGAGAAGAAUUAUUACUUGAAGAGUUGUAUUGCACUGAGGAGGACAAACACAAAUACGUUCCUGAUUUUGCGAAGGAACCCAAAGCUCCCAGCGACGACAUUUUCUUUGGAAUUCGGAGAUAUCACACCGUCACAAGGUUUGCAAUGACGAGAUUUGCUCAAACCAGAAACAUGUCAACCGAAAGUCACCCUCAAGUGAAUUCCAACUUACAAACGACGUUCGAUCGCAUAGCCGCGACUUCGAAGUCAGACGUUUCACUGACACAAUUUGAACAUCUUGUCGAAGAAUUCGACGAUACUUUCAACAAUAUUUCGCCUCUGUCGGCCGACUUUAAUUUGAAGUUCCGUGCGUACCGCGAUGUCCACUUGGUGCGACCCACCCUCAUCCCAUACCAAAGCGUUGUGGAUGUUUUAUACCAAAAGCAUUCUCGUUUGGGAUGCACUGAGAACCCUGAACGCGAUCUCAUUAGACUUAUGCGCUUUGCAAUCGAUGCCAAUCCCGCUACUGAAGGCCGUGAGUUUGGCGAAUAUUUACUUGCCGAGACCUCGACUUUCAUUUCCCGUCUAUUCCGUUUUAGCGAGCCGAAUUUGGUUUUGACUAACUCUAUGAUGGUGUGGCUCCUUGUCCGUAUGUGCUACCAAGUGGUCAGCUACGACCCUGUGGUUGGCUCUACAAUCGAUGCGCUCAUCGAGCAAGCAAAUGAUGGACCCGAAGGCGUUAAGCAAAUAUUGGCCAAGAAAAUGUACACUCUGGGUGUUCCCGUUGCUACAAACCGUUUACGAGACAUCAUUGAGCUUAUCACAUACCAGUUACGGGAAGCUGGGAAAGUCAUGUCACCCGAACUCCGAGAAACCAUUCUCUUCAUUUAUGGGAACGGUAACGACUGGCGGAAGUUCUGGUCGUGGUGGCAAAACCAAUGCCACUUUUUGAGCGUAGACUCCGAACCGCAACGUAAGUGGAUUCGUCUUGUCAGUUACCUCGCCCUUCGCAACGUUGACUCGGUCCAAUUGACCUUCAUGCAUGAAUUGUGGAACGAUGGAACGCGCGAGCUGAUGAAAGUGGAAUGCCAGGGCAAAUUACUGGAACAGGAAAAAGCAGUGGUGGUCGCUGCCAUUGAAUUGAUGGCGGAAAACUUAGGGGGCUUUGAGAAUGUUGUGGCGGAAGCUAAAGAAUUGUAA